AGGCGGCUUUGCUUCAGUGAUUCAAAAGCGCAAAUAACAACAUUGUUUUCAAGAAGCGUGAACCGUCCUUAUUGAAGAAACAGUCUAAACAUCUGAUGAUCAAAAAUCGCCGCGAGUGAAGGUCCUUCAUACAGAUGCAAAGCGCUUAAAAAGUGGUGAUGGUGCAAAAGCUGGGUUCAAGUUAGACAACGAAUGAAAGGAAUGAAACAACCUAAAGCAGGCAUGGAUCAGCAGGAGUGGGUGAAAACGAAAGAGGAGCAGAAGAGUGUGGAUACUUUCACGUCUCUGACCAAAGACUUCUGUGGUUAUACAUCCGCGCAUGGCUUUGAGAGGAUCAUGUCCUCAAAACAGUGGAUUCGCAAGGCGUUCUGGAGUUUGUUGUUUAUUGCAGCCAUCGUGGUGCUGUGCUUUCAGGUUUUGACACUUUUUGAGAAAUACCAGAGUAGACCGCUGGUCACACUCGUGUCACUGCAGUCUGACACGAGCCUUCCAUUCCCCACUGUCACAUUAUGCAACUUUAAUGCUAUCAAGUACGACGCACUUGUGAAAAGCGACUUCAGUGACCUCCUUGACACGAUUAAAAAGCAAAAUUCGUCGUCGAACUCCACUUCCUCUCUAGCAAACGAUGAUGCAGUGCCAACCACGUACGGUCCAACCCCAACAGACUACGAUGAAGAUUACGAUGAAGAUUUUGAUUACUGGGGAGACGACGAUGUGGAAGAUCCAGAAAAUCUUGAUGAAGAAUAUUUCGCAAGUGAAAAAGUUUCUCUUUUGUUGGCUGGAAAAGACGAAGAUUAUCUUUCAAAUUUGGGUCAUCAGUUUGAAGACAUGAUUUUGUCCUGCACUUAUCGUGGCGUUUCUUGCAGCAAUUUCACAGGAAAUUUCUGGACCAAAUUUUGGCACUACAAGUACGGCAAUUGCUUCCUAUUUAAUAGCGGCUUAUCAAGCUCGGGAUCUAACAGCCCCGUGAUUAAGUCCAACAAAGCUGGGCCCACACAUGGCCUGUAAGGAGUCAUGCUUAGCCGACAAUCAGUUUUUACAGUGUGGAUGUAUGGAGUACAGAUUUCCUGUGGACAAAAAUCCAGUUUGUGAUAUUACCAAUAAAACCACUAUUGGCUGUCUCAACAAGUUACAGAAGCAGUACCGGGACAACAAACUAAAUUGCAGCAGCUCUUGUCCCCCUCCAUGCAGCCAGGAAGAGUUCAAGAUAAGUACAUCGCUUGCUGUUUGGCCUUCGGAAAAUUACGAGGUAUUCUACCAAGAUGAGCUCGAGAAGCGCGGGAAAUUCGUUUGGUCAGAUUUUGACUCUCUCAGGAAAAAUGUGUUGAAGGUACAAAUUUUCUUCGAAGAACUUAAUGUUGAAAUGAUAAAAGAACAAAAAUCAUACGGAAUUGCAGAUUUCGCGUCCGACAUUGGUGGCCAGCUCGGUUUAUGGAUCGGAUUUUCUGUGCUGACAAUAGCCGAGUUCAUUGAGUUUUUUAUGUUGCUGUUUGCUCAUCUUGUCAAAAAAUGCACAUCGCGAGGGAAAGUCGAGUCAGCCUCGUUGGAAUUGAAGGAGACUUAAUCGUAGAGCAAUAAAGAUACCAAGCAUGUGUUAGUUUAAGAUACUCUCGCCAUAUUCUAACACAUGCGUCAAAGAGUUUCAUAUGCUGGGAUGCAGAACAUGCUAAUAUCUGGUUUCAAAACUGCCAAAAAUAAAAUCAAAUUAAGGACGAGGGGCUUUAGAAUAACUACUUGAGCGUAAAGAAAAACAAUAUUUUUCUUUUAAUAAUAUACAUGGAAAAAUUACUCAGUUCUGAUUGGUUAAGAUAAAUGCAGUUUUCAGGUAAUUCAGUGCAGAAGAGAGUUAAUUCAGUGCAGAAGAG